CCGCCACCUCUCGCGACACUUCCGCGGGGGUCCUGCGGCCCUUAUCGCUCCACAGCGACGGUGCGCUGCGCUCGCGGUCCCCUCGCUGGUCUGACCCGCAGCCCUGCCCGCUGGGCGCGGAGAGCUGGGUCCGCCCCGCCGGGGACGGGGACGUGCCUUGUGCUGUCGGCCCGGCGCGGGAGCGCGCAAGCAGCAGGGCUGCUGGAGAGAGAAAUGUCAUCAGUGGAAGCACACCAGGAGCAGUUGUCUCAGUCGGAUCCAUCCCCCUCACCAAACUCAUGUAGUUCCUUCGAGCUAAUAGAUAUGGAUGCUGGCAGUUUAUAUGAACCCGUUUCUCCACAUUGGUUUUAUUGUAAGAUAAUAGAUUCUAAAGAGACCUGGAUUCCAUUCAACUCUGAGGAUUCACAGCAACUGGAAGAGGCAUAUGGCUCUGGAAAGGAUUGCAGAGGGAGAGUGGUCCCCACGGAUGGGGGCAGGUAUGACGUUCACCUGGGGGAAAGGAUGCGGUAUGCUGUGUACUGGGAUGAACUAGCAUCUGAAGUGAGACGCUGUACCUGGUUCUACAAAGGAGACAAAGACAAUAAAUAUGUUCCCUACUCAGAGAGCUUCAGCCGAGUUUUAGAGGAAACUUACAUGCUUGCUGUAACUCUGGAUGAAUGGAAAAAGAAACUGGAGUCUCCCAGUAGAGAAAUUAUUAUAUUACACAAUCCAAAGCUCAUGGUGCAUUACCAGCCAAUUGCAGGGUCUGAUGAAUGGGGUUCAACGCCCACUGAGCAAGGUCGGCCAAGAACAGUGAAAAGGGGGGUUGAGAAUAUCUCUGUUGACAUCCAUUGUGGAGAACCUUUACAGAUAGAUCACUUGGUCUUUAUAGUACAUGGGAUUGGACCAGCCUGUGAUCUCCGCUUCCGAAGCAUUGUGCAGUGUGUGAAUGAUUUUCGCAGUGUUUCCUUGAACUUGCUACAGACACAUUUUAAGAAAGCUCAAGAAAAUCAGCAGAUGGGAAGGGUAGAGUUUCUUCCCGUCAACUGGCACAGCCCUUUGCAUUCGACUGGCGUAGAUGUAGAUCUGCAGCGGAUAACCCUGCCCAGCAUUAACCGCCUCCGGCACUUCACCAAUGACACCAUCCUAGAUGUCUUCUUCUACAACAGCCCCACCUACUGCCAGACUAUCGUGGACACAGUAGCUUCAGAGAUGAACCGAAUCUACACGCUCUUUCUGCAGAGGAACCCUGAUUUCAAAGGGGGUGUAUCCAUUGCUGGUCAUAGUUUAGGUUCGCUUAUAUUGUUUGAUAUCCUAACAAAUCAGAAAGAUUCUUUGGGGGAUAUUGACAGUGAAAAGGAUUCGCCAAAUAUUGUUAUGGAUCACGGAGACACGGCAAACCUGGAGGAAGAUUUGAAGAAACUUCAGCUCUCUGAGUUCUUUAAUAUCUUUGAGAAGGAGAAAGUAGAUAAGGAAGCUCUGGCUUUAUGCACAGACAGAGAUCUUCAGGAAAUGGGAAUUCCUUUAGGACCAAGAAAGAAGAUAAUAAACUAUUUCAAGAGCAGAAGAAAUUUGCUGGGUAUUACUCAACCAAGCACGCAGGCAGCUCUGGGGAUGAACCUCCCCAGAGAAUCUGAGCCCCACAGCAGCACAGAUGCCACUAGAAAGGACAAGUAUUUGGAUGUCAGCAUCGGGCAGGUCUCUGUAAAGUACCCCCGGCUCAUCUACAAGCCUGAAAUAUUCUUUGCUUUUGGGUCUCCCAUUGGAAUGUUCCUUACUGUCCGAGGGCUAAAGAGAAUUGAUCCGAAUUACAAAUUUCCAACGUGCAAAGGUUUCUUCAAUAUUUAUCAUCCUUUUGAUCCUGUGGCCUAUAGGAUUGAACCAAUGGUGGCUCCAGGAGUGGAAUUUGAGCCAAUGCUGAUCCCACAUCAUAAAGGCAGGAAGCGGAUGCACUUAGGCAAGUCUAUAAAACUUGAACUAAGAGAGGGCUUGACCAGGAUGAGCAUGGACCUGAAAAACAACUUGCUAGGUUCGCUGCGGAUGGCCUGGAAGUCUUUCACCAGAGCUCCAUACCCUGCCUUACAAGCAGAGACAGCAGAAGAGGCCGAAGCAGAGCCUGAGUCAAGUUUGGAGCAGGCUAGUGAUGUUAGCACAGAAGAGACCUGUGCAGCAGGGAAGGGGGAACUUCCACCCGUCAACGUGGGCAUGCUGAAUAGGGGCCAGCGCAUCGACUAUGUGCUGCAGGAGAAGCCCAUUGAGAGUUUCAAUGAAUAUUUAUUUGCUUUACAAAGUCAUCUGUGCUACUGGGAAUCUGAAGAUACAGUGUUGCUGGUCCUCAAAGAGAUCUAUCAAACCCAGGGCAUCUUCCUUGAUCAGCCCUUACAGUAAAAAGGACCCAUCUUGGCUGCUUAAUGAUUUGAACUCAGAGCCCUAAGUUACGAUUGGUUGAGAGUCAGCAUGGCAGCAGUUGUCACUUCAGUUAGCCAAUCCUGAUCGGAAACUGACUGUGUGCCAGCCUGGAACUCUGUGUGGCUGCCUUCCAGCUCUGCCUGCGUGGUGACCUCUUCUCUCACUCUUCCUGAGCUGACAGAGGAGCCUGCUCCAGGAAGCCCACCUGCUUCUCAUGCGGUUUCUCCCCUUAGCUGCAUGUGUGCUGCAUGUCACCUGCUACUUCCUCACCUCCUCACCAUCUUGGAAGAUAAUCCUUCCUUUGUGGAAUGAGCGGAAAACCAAGGGAAGACCUUAGUGCUUCUUUUGUUGGGGGGCGGUACUGGGGAUCAAACCCAGGGCCUUCACUCUGAAUUACAUUCCUAGCUCUUUUUUUAUUUUUUAAUUUUGAAGCAGAGUCUUGUUAAGUCACUGAGUAGCCCAGGCUGGGCCUGAAUGUGCAGUCCUCCUGCCUCAGCCUCCCAGAGUGCCGGGAUGACAGCCUGGUACCACCACGCCCAGCUGUUAGUUUUUCCCACUGGCUUUGUGUGAACACUUGCCACUCUUCAUAACUGGGAGUAGUCUGUCCUUAACUCUGUGAUGACAGUAAAUAGGUGCCACACUUCAUUGUUUACCACUCAAGACAGCAUAUAAUCUAGCCUGGGUUUGACUUGGUGAAGGUUGGUGGAAACUUUUCUAGGAAAUUAUUGCUUAUCUUUAGAGAAUUUCCAGUCUGGGAGGAGAUUAUUGAGAUUUACAAGGCAUUUGGGGAUAUUCUCGUUUCUAGGGUUCUCUGGACCCAAAAGCUAAGUCUGAAUGGAUAUGGGAAGGGUUGUUGGGAGAUUUUUUUUCUUUUGAGAUAGCGUUUCUUUUCUGCAUAUACAGUAUAAAGAAAGAUUAAAGUGCAGCCUAGUAAGAGUAUCAUUUACUUCUUACAACCGACAAGACUAUUGCUAGACAGAUGCUGCUUAUUCCUUCACAACAGUUUGAGCCACUGUGAGUCUAAACUGAACAGUUUCAUUUACAUUACAUCUUUAUAAAACAGGAUGUUGUAUAUCACAGACCUAUCCUUCUACAGCAUGCUCCAAACUGGGGGCUUAGGUGAGGUUUCACAUUUUUUCCUCAGUACUGGGAUUGAACCCAGGGCCUUUACACUUUGUAUAUUCUGUAUUGAUUUAGGGUCUCACUGAGUUGCCCAGCUUAGGAUGGAACUUGUGACCCUCCAUCGUCAGCCUCCCGGGUGCUAGGGCUCCAGGUGUGAGCCACUGUGGCCUGCUGAGAGUGUAUGUUAUGUUGAGGGUAAAGCUAUAGAGGUGAGGAAUCGGAAAUUACAGGCUGCUUAGGUUGUAAAUAAGAUCUUUUAAUGGUGCCUUUAUGGUGAAACAGAACUUAAGUCAUCUGAUGUUCCACUAGGAUGAAUGUGUUACUGUGAUUUCUCUUUAAAGCCAUUUUUUAGGCUGGAAGUGGUGGGGCUCGCCUGUAUCCCCUGUGGGCUGCUGAGGCAGGAGGAUCACAAGUUGGAGCCCAGCCUGGGCAACCUAGUGAGACCUUGUCUCAAAAAAUAAAAAAGGGCUGGAGAUGCAGCUCAUUGCAGAGGCCCUGGUUCAGUCUCCAGUAAUGCACACAUGUGCACAAGUGAACAUCGUUGCCUUCUUAGGUACUAUAAUCCAGAAUGCUUAUUUAAAAUGCUCUUGGCAGAGGCAGUGUUAUUCGAGCAUGUAGUUUGGCUGGGAAAUUACUUACUGUGAGAAUCACCUACACCAAUAGGGGGCCAAGGGGCAGUGACCACAACAGAGUCACUGUCAGCUUAGUUUGGAGCUCACAGAGUGAAAUUUCUCUUGAACUUGGGUAACUGUGGACUAAUUUUCCCCAAGACAUCUGCCAUCCAAAGCAGUGGCAUCUGAUAUUCACUGAAGUCAUCUCUUAGACAACAGCGAUCUUUAUCCUUGAUGGAAAGAAGGAAAAAGGGAAGUGAAUCACUGUGCCAUAGAGGUCAGGGUGGGAGGGAGGGGGUGUACAGUCGAGCUUGGUCUUCCUUACUGUGUGCUAUGGACUAAUGCUGAAGGGAAGCUACAAGAAACAUCAGCUCUAUGGAGUCCUUCACCAUGUAAACUCUUAAGGGUUACUGAAAAUUAAGUACCACUCACAUGUUAAAGGGUAAUCCUUGGGGCUAGGGAUUUAGCUCAGUGGUUCUGCCAAGGUCCCAAGUUCAAUCCCCAGUACCAAAAAAAAAAAAAAAAAAAAGUAAUCCUUUGUUAAGUUGCUGUCUUUAAUUUCACAUUUACUUUCCACAUUAGCAGC